GCUCUGACCUUGCUGAUUUCUCCUGCCCUGACCCCUAGCUUGCCUGACCUUUCUCCUGGAUGCCCCCUUGUGGAUCUGAUCUGUUGCUGACCUGGCAUGUGACAAGACCAUUCUCUGCCCGCUGUUUUGUACCGCACCGACCCCACGGCUACCGACUCGGCUUGUCUGACCACGCACUUGCUCAUCCAUCUUGCUCUCACCCUGCAGGAACCUCUGGCGAGCUCCUCUACCACUGGUGGGUGCACUCAGGAGCCGCGACCUGAUCUCGGUUCACGCCAAGUCCAUCCCCACCAUCAGGGGCCCUGGUGAACAAGUGAACCGGGACUUAGACUCCGCGCUCUGGGGAAACCUGACCAGUGGAUUGCUAGGGGUGGCGUCAGGCGGUUCGUUACAAAACCACAG